AUGGCUCCUGACACAGAAACAGGAUCUGAAAAAGACCGUUUCGACGACGCCGGAGACCUGGGUACUGUCCAAGACGACUCGGAUUCCACAGACCCGGGAUCAAUUCACGAAUCUGCCAGCCCCGACGGGCAUGAAUCACAGCUUGAGUCGCUGGAAACCGGGCUGGACGAGGACGUGGGGCAAUUGGGCACUGCCUCCGGCGGCUGGGGCUCCGCCCCAGACCCCGUGGCUCCUGCUUCGCAGGAGUUUGCUGGGACCGUCGACGAAAAUGACAAGCUGGAUCAACCGCCGGCGACGGAAGAAUUGCAAUAUGAACUUCGUAGCAAUUCAGAAAACGAACAUGAACUGAAUGAGAAUGAAGCUUUAGAAGAUGAAAAUGACAAUCACAAAACUACAGAAGAUCCAGCUGACGACCAAAGUUCGGCAAUUCCAGAGACGCUGGACGUGCCUGUUGAAGAUUCAGAACCCCAAGAGGAACCCCAAGAGGACAAUGACAACAUCGCUGAAGAUGACGAUUUUGGCGAAUUCGAUGAUUUUGACGAGUUCGACGAGUUCGAAGAAGCACAGCCAGCUGAAUCUGACGAACUGGAUCUGGCUGACGACGGCUUUGAUCCACCACCAGCCUCCACUGAGUCCCCAUUACCAGCACCUUCAACAUCAGAAACCACACCUGCUGGCACUAUUAAUCAUAUCCCAUGCCUGUCAGAAACAGACUUUUCCAAUUCUGCUCAAUUACAGGCGUCGGUGCUGUCGACACUCAAGGCCAUGUGGAAGUCGUCCGAAGAACAAUCCCAAACAAACGCAUCCAUUUCACAUCUUCAAAGGUCAAUUACUAUAGAAAGAACACCGACCCCGUCGUCGGAACGAAGCUAUCAAUAUCACGUAACCGAACCAGGGUCAUACUUCUCAGAAAGAAGUGCCUCGCUGUGGCAGCAGCUGGUAGUCGACGGACCCCAUAUGCAUCCUACCGACUGGAAAAAGUCGUCCAUUCGCCGGCUAUUGCUAGUGUCACUUGGAAUUCCACUGGAUCUCGACGAGAUCCUGCCUAAUAAAAACACCAAACGACUGGUGCUGCCAAAUACACCCCGCAAGAGCAACCAUACAGACAGUAAAAAGAGCCCUGCGAAAGCUGGAUCUGGACCAGGACCUACCAACACCACCACCAGCACCACUCCAGAAGGCAAAUCUAACGACGUCAGUUCACGAGACAAGAAAUCGGACGACGAAAAAGAGGCGCUACGACAAGACACGCAAAUCAAGCUGGCCGCAUGGCACCAGCUGUCCACGGUGACGAGCGAAGCAUUAGACGGCAUGAACGAGCCCGAGCUUCAGACCCAUGUGUCCACCCUACAAAAAGCAUUAAUAGAAGCACAAGCCAUGUCGACCCAAUGGCAGCAACUGCUGCAAGCAGCUUCCCAAGACAAAGAGACCUUCGAAGGAGUCAUAGAAAGUUUAUUAGAGUAUGCUCAAAGACUACGGACCCGGUCCAAAUAA